AUGGGUAAAAAUACAGAUACACCAGCAUAUCUGACUUCAGAUGAUGCCAAAUACACUCUGGGUAUUCAUCGUGGCCCGUUGAUAUCCAAGGGCGAUGAAGGCGCCCAGCUCGCACAUGUCGAGUCAGCCGGGGGUCUGUCAUUAGAGACGAGGAAGCUGAAGCGCAGUGAGAAGUUCCAACGCCAUUGGAAGCGAUUCUGGUGUCUGCAUCUUUUAGUGACUGUCAUCUUCCUGGCGAUUUUCCUACCUGUCUUUUUCCUGGUUGCCAUUCCAGCCAUCUCACAAAUGGUCGUCAACAAGUCCGACCUAGUAUUGGUCAAUGCCGCAGUGUUAAAUCCACGACCGGACAAGAUCCAAUUGACGCUGUUGUCGGCAUUGGACCUCAAAAUCGCACUGCCAGUGCGCAUUGAUCCGAUCACGUUAGAGCUGUUCGUGCGUGAUACCGGAGCAGAGAAUGCCUGGGGCCAGGCUGAUAUCGACGGCAAAGUCGUCAAAGGCAACACCACGCUAGGCGUGACCAAGGUCCAGACGCCACUGACCAAUUUGACCACCUGGGAGGAGUACGUGCACAAUGUCGUGUUUGAGAAGGAGACUGCGCUGUCAGUCAGGGGCGUAACCAAUUCAUACUUGGGUGUGCUCAAGUCCAAGGUCACUAUGGACAAGAAUAUAAUGUCGCCAGUGCUGGACAAAUUCAAAGGAUUCAGUAUCUCCAACAGCGGGCUCGUUCCAGCCCGCAAAGACGGCACAAACCUAAUCGGGAAUGUCUCACUCCCCAACCCGUCCGUAUUGACUCUCGAUAUUGGCACGCUCGUCCUCGACGUGAAGAGCGGCGACCUCGUCAUUGGAAAUGCCACCGUCAAAGACGUCACUAUCAAACCAGGCGACAAUGUCUUCCCUCUAACCGGAAUCCUCGACAUACACACAAUGAUCGAGCACCUCGGAGAAAUACUCGCGUCGCAGACAAAGGCCCUAACAACCGGAAACUUAUCCUUGGAUACAGUAACCCGAACCGUCACCUGGAACGGCACGCUGGUGCCAUAUUACACCAAUGUAAUGAAACAGCUAACGCUGACGGCCAACGUGCCAAUCGCCGAUCUUGUUAAGAACACAGUUCAGAAUCUGCUUAGCGGCAAUGAAAGCCUCACCGACAUUCUCAGCUCAGCGGGUGACACAAGCAACUUGCUCGGCAACCUCACGAGCAGCAAUGGUGACAGCGAUACCUCCGAGCUCGCCUCUAAGAUGAAGACGAGUAUUGCUGUGCGCGAUAUUUUCCAUAACACGCACCCGGUUAAACGGGAUCUAAUCAUCAACUCGCUGGCUGGGAUGUACAAGAAGCUGUGA